GGCCCCCCGCGCCCCCAUGGACCCCGACGUGGACUACGAGCGCCCCAACGUCGAGACCAUCAAGUGCGUCGUGGUGGGCGACAACGCGGUGGGCAAGACGCGGCUGAUCUGCGCCCGCGCCUGCAACGCCACGCUGAGCCAGUACCGGCUGCUGGCCACACACGUGCCCACCGUGUGGGCCAUCGACCAGUACCGCGUUUGCCAGGAGGUGCUGGAGCGCUCCCGGGAUGUGGUGGACGAGGUCAGCGUCUCCCUGCGCCUCUGGGACACCUUCGGGGACCACCACAAGGACCGGCGUUUCGCCUAUGGCAGAUCAGACGUGGUGGUGCUGUGCUUCUCUCUGGCGAACCCCAACUCGCUGAGGCACGUGAAGACCAUGUGGUACCCCGAGAUCAAGCACUUCUGUCCCCGCACCCCCAUUGUGCUGGUGGGCUGCCAGCUGGACCUGCGCUACGCCGACCUGGACGCCGUCAACCGCGCGCGCCGGCCGCUGGCCAAGCCCAUCAAGCCCUCGGACAUCCUGCCGCCGGAGCGGGGCCACGAGGUGGCCCAGGAGCUGGGGGUGCCGUACUACGAGACCAGCGUGGUGGCGCAGUUCGGGGUCAAGGACGUGUUUGACAACGCCAUCCGCGCCGCGCUCAUGUCCCGCCGCCACCUGCAGUUCUGGAAGUCCCACCUGCGCAAGAUGCAGCGCCCGCUGCUGCAGGCGCCUUUCCUGCCCCCCAAACCUCCCCCGCCCCUCAUCCAGGUGCCCGAUGCUCCCCCCGGCCUCGGGGGGGGCCCGGCCGCGCUGUUCCGAGCCCCGCUCUGCGCCGACGUCGUCUUCCAGCUGCAGGGCGGCCACCGCGUCUUCGCGCACCGCGUCUACCUGGCCACCGCCUGCUCCCGCUUCUACGACCUCUUCACGCUGGAGGGGCCGCCCGAGACCCUCAGCGAAGGGGACGGGGGGACCCGUGACUUGUCAUCGUGGGGCCGCGGCUUCCUGAGCCUGCGCUGGGAGCUGGUGGCCGACCCGGUGGCGGGGCGGGAGCGGCGGAUGGUGGUGGUGGCCAUGGAUGGCGGCGUGCGGCCGGAGCCGCUCCGCGCCGUGCUGGAAUAUUUGUACACGGGGAAGCUGGAGCGGCCCCACGGUGACCUGCGGCAGGUGGGAGCCGUGGCCGAGCUGCUGGAGGUGUUCGACCUGCGCAUGAUGGUGGCCAACGAGCUCAACCAGGAGAGCUUCAUGAACCAGGAGAUCACCAAGGCCUUCCACGUGCGCCGCGCCAACCGCGUCAAGGAGUGCCUGGCCAAGGGAGUCUUCGCAGACGUGGUGUUCCGCGUGGAUGACGGGGCGGUGCCGGCUCACAAACCGCUGCUGAUCGCUGGCUGCGACUGGAUGAGGGCCAUGUUCCGGGGGGGAUUCCGUGAGAGCUACGCUGACGAGGUGUCCCUGCCCGGCACCAACUGCGCCUGCCUCCGCGCCGUCCUCGACUUCCUCUACACGGGGGUGUUCACCCCGACGCCCGAGCUGGACGCCAUGGAGCUGCUGAUCCUCACGGACCGGCUGUGCCUGCCGCGGCUGCAGGCGCUCACCGAGCAAUACGCCGUGGACGAGCUGCUGCGAGCCUUCGUGCAGCGCGUGGAGAUCGAUGAGCAGGUCAUCAUCUACCUGGAGAUGACGCAGUUCCACAACGCCCGGCAGCUGGCCGCCUGGUGCCUGCACUACAUCUGCACCAACUACAACCGCGUGUGCCGCCGCUUCCCCCGCGAGAUGAAGUUCAUGUCCCCAGAGAACCAGGCGCACUUUGAGCGGCACCGCUGGCCCCCGGUGUGGUACCUGAAGGAGGAGGAUCUGUACCUGCGCUCCAAGAAGGAGCGGGAGCGCGAGGAGCAGCUGCAGCGCAAGCAGCACCCCCGCAGCAAGUGGUGCUUCUGGCGGCCCUCGCCCCCCGUGUCCUGAGCGGGGGGCUCGGGGAAGGGACCCCCGCGUGGGGCUGGGGGGGCUCGGGAGGGCUGGGAGCCCCUGAGCUGAGCAGAGGGGGUUCAGCCCCGGGGUUCCCCCAUGGGGCUGGGGAUCCCUGUGUUGAAUGGGGGGCUCGGGGCUGGGGGGCUCGGCUGGGCUGGGGGUCCCUGUGUGGAGUGAGGGGGCCUGGGGCUGUUCUAAAGGGCUGGGGGUCUCAGCUGGGCUGAAGGUCCCUGUGUGGAGUGGGGGGCUUGGGCCCAGGGCUCCCAUGCAGGGCUCAGGCUCAGGACCCCCACCCUCAGCUCCAGGGAUCCCACACUGGACAGAGGGGCUGGACCCUGGGACCCCCACCCUGGCUGGGGGGGCUGUGCCCAGGGGUCCCCCCAUGCUGAGCCAGGGAGCUCAGCCCCAGGACCCCCACCCUGGGCUGUGGCUCUCAGACCUGGGACCCCCCCCCCCACCACUGAGCCAAGGGCUUGGCCGGGGUGGGGGUCCCCCAAGGGCUUGUUUACCCCCCCACCCCGGCUGUUUACAGGCUCUGCUGGGUCGCAGCCCCCCGGUCCCACCGUGCCUUUCCCCGGCGGGGGGGGCCGUGCUGAGCCCCCUCCCCCCGGCAGGGCCCCCCCGCCCCGGCCAACGCUGGUGCUACCUCUGACCGAGCAGUAUUUGGGGCUGGGGGUGCGCAGGGAGCGGGGGCUCUGCCGCUCCCCCUCUCUUUUCUGGGGGGUCCCCACCCCCAUAAGGGCUCUCUGGUGCUGUAUUUCCUCCCCCCGUGGGGUGGGGGGGGCCAAGCUGUGAGCAGGGCGGGCUGGGGGGGAGGGGGUGGGCGUGGGGAGGGGGUCCCUGGGUGCUUGUGUGGCUACGAGAGCCCCCGGCUCAUCUCCGUGCCUUGGACGGGCCCCCCGGCCCCGGGCUGUGUCCUGGGGGGGAUCAUUGUCCUUGUCCCUGUCCCGGGGAGGGGAACAUUGUCCCUGUCCCGGUCCCGGGGGGAUCAUUGUCCUUGUCCCUGUCCCUGGUUGGGAUCAUUGUCCCUGUCCCCGGGCUGUGUCCCCACCCCGGAGAAAAGGGGGGUGGGCACUGUCCCGACCCCCGGGCUGAACUGCACAACCGUUUUUACACUUUUUUACCCCAGGAGCACAGCGGCCCCACCCCCGGCCUUGGGGCUCCCCCCACCUCAGCAGCGGCUGUUUUAACCUUUAAUAAAGCUUUUUUUAACAGA